UCUCUAUCUCUCUGCAGUCGGACCAAAGACGUUUUGUUGUCUUCCAUCGUUCAUUAGUCUGGUUCUGGUCUCUUCGAUCUUCCAGUUCUUUAGGCUCUGAUAUUUCUUCCUCGGAGAGAUUUAUCAGUUGAACUUCUCUCACUUCCGUUUCUUUAACGAAGAACCGCUCCUUCGUUCCUUCAUAGUCAUUUCCCGUUAUCCUCGUUUCUCCCAAUCCAUCGAUAGAGGGUUCUAUUUUGUUCACAGCUGAUGAAUCGGCUGCUAUUCUCCAAUCCUGUGAGCAGUAGUCCAAAAUCAAGGGCCUUGAUCCCAGCUUAAUUGGAAUCUGCUAUGCUGAUUAGUUGUUCCCUCGACGACGAUGACCAUCAAAUUUACUGAGACUGGAUCCGUUUUCAGCUGCACAUAGGUUCUCUUUAAUAUCUGCAUUCCAUGGGGGAGUGGGUUAUUGGGGCCUUUAUCAACAUCUUUGGUAGCAUAGCUAUAAAUUUUGGGACAAAUCUUCUCAAGCUGGGUCAUGACCAGAGAGAAAGGCUCUCUAUGCUAGAUAGUGAUGGAGCCACAAGCAAACUUGUCUCGAAGCCAAUUAUAUACUUCCAGACUUGGAGAGUUGGUCUUCUAUUUUUUGCUUUGGGGAAUUGUCUUAACUUCAUUUCCUUCGGUUAUGCUGCUCAGUCACUUCUUGCAGCCCUCGGAUCCAUUCAAUUCGUAUCAAACAUUGCAUUCACAUACUUUGUUUUGAACAAGAUGGUGACUGUGAAGGUACUGGUUGCCACAGCUUUUAUUGUUGUUGGAAAUGUCUUUCUGGUUGCUUUUGGCAACCAUCAGUCACCUGUUUACACUCCAGAGCAGUUGGCAGAGAAGUACAGCAAUGUAAUAUUCCUUCUUUAUUGCCUUAUUUUGAUCUUGGUGGUUGCUGUGCAUCAUUCCAUUUACAGGAGGGGAAGACUUCUGCUUGCCAUUUCUGGACAUGACAUUAGCCAUUAUUGGCACAUGCUACUGCCCUUUUCCUAUGCUGUAGUUUCUGGUGCUGUAGGAUCAUGCUCAGUGUUGUUUGCAAAAUCCCUGUCCAACCUGCUCAGAUUGACAAUGUCCAAUGGUUAUCAGUUGCAUAGCUGGUUCACAUACUCAAUUCUGUUUUUGUUUCUUUGUACAGCUGGGUUUUGGAUGGCAAGGUUGAACGAAGGAUUGUCACUCUUUGAUGCGAUCCUUAUUGUCCCUACGUUUCAAAUAACUUGGACCUUCUUCUCUAUUUGUACAGGAUUUGUGUACUUCCAGGAAUAUCAGGUCUUUGAUGCAUUAAGGAUAACAAUGUUUAUACUGGGAAUGCUGUCUGUCUUCAUAGGCAUUUCUUUGCUGGCACCUGAUGAGUCAAAAGUUGGCGAGGCCAAGGAUUCUUCUUCUUUGGGUUCUUCAACAUCUCCAAGCAUUACCACUGAUAUGGACAGGCUGCUGAAAUUGCCAUCUGAGGAGGCAGAACAUAAAGACAUGGGUUCAUUUUGGCAAGCGAUUUUGACAAAAGCUAGAUCAGUAGUAACCAAGGCAAAGACUGCUUGUACUUCAUUAGGCCUAGGAGAUGAUUCCAUCAGUGCAUCUUCGGUUCUUGUAAUGCCCAUGGUGUCUUCAAGGAUGACGGGAUUUAGAGGAACAGGUAUUGAACGGACUAAGCUUUUAUCCUUGAAAAGUGGUGGUUGGAAUAGGAUUGCAAUGGAUGAGGAAGGUGUGACAAUGUUGGAGACAAGUUCCAUAAUCUCACAAAACCAUGGGUAGAGGUAGCAAUAAAUCAUAAAGUUCAUUGAAGACAAUUUUUUUUUAGUUUCUUUCAUUGUAUCAUGAUUGUAUAGAAAAUGGUUCUCUCUUUGUCCUCUCUUUUUCCUUUGAUUUUCUUCUUGUUGCCCCCUUCCUUGUUCUUGUUGUCUCAAGGUGUAAUUGAUCAAAUCAAUGAUAUCAUACUCUAUGCAGUUUUUAUUUCUGGGUUCCCGUUAAUUU